AUGGGACUGUGGGACGUGGAAGACUAUGGCACUAUCGCUGAUAGGGCUUGCUGGUCUAUGUUCGCAGUCACAGCUGGCGAAGUCGGCACUCGCAUGUCCAGCAAAGGCGGUGGCCUUGGAAUGGACGACUAUAUCACCGUAUUCUGCGUCGUUGUGAUGCUCGUCACCUGUAUCCUGAUCUCGAUCGGCACACAGUACGGUCUUGGGCGGAGAAUGGAGGCUAUCGAUCCCCCAUUGAUACCGCGAGCUCUCAAGUGGAAUGUAAUCAUCAGUUCGGUACUGAUAUGGACGUUUUCGCUACCCAAGUUCGCCAUCAUCGCUAUUCUCAAGCGUAUUCUGGAUUACGGCCUCAAAACGACGAUACUAUUCUGGGGCCUCGCGCUCAGCUCCCAGGCCUGCAUAUUGGCUACCUCGAUCUGGUGGUACAAGCAAUGCGAUCCGGUCGAAUUUGGCUGGAACAGAACCAUACCGGGCGGAAAAUGUGCCAGUACCAAGGUCAUGUCAGAUUUGGGCUAUUUCACCUCCGCCUACUCUGCCUUCCUGGAUGUUUUCUUCGCUGUGUAUCCGAUCCCAUUCAUCAUGCGCCUCAACAUGCCACUCAAGAACCGCAUCCUGGUCUCGAUCGCGCUGGGCCUCACUAUCCUGGCCUUCAUCCUCACCAUCUACAAACUCACAAUUUUUGGGGAAAUCUUUGUAGUAUUGGCUGAGAACCCGACCUACCCGGUCCCGCUUCUCGAUAUACUCGGUCUAGGAGAGGGUUGUAUUCUCGUCGUAUGCUCCUCUUUGCCCACACUGGGCCCGCUCUUCCGCUCGGUCAGAGGCAAGGUUCGGACUCUCAGUGGCAGUGGUAAUGGCAGUAGGACCACCAGCCAGGGACAACGCAGCAGCGCCACCCACCGAGGAGGGCUAUCCAGCACCAGCGGAAGAUGGGAAAAACUUCUAAGGCAUCAGUUGGAUGACGUGGAGAGGACAUCGACCCACACCGGUGAAAGCAUCGAUGACAUCCCGCUCGUUUACCACGGCGCGGACCAGAUCCACAAGACGCUUGAGUUUAACGUGACGACGAGCGCGAGGGGCGACCGAUGGGCGAAGCCAAUUGACGAUCGUGACAAGUAG